AUGGAGAAGGGUGGUCGACUCCAUCCGAAGGUGGAUCUGAUCCCACUUCCCCAAGUCUGGAUCCAAGGGAUUGAAGAUCCCACACAGAUACAUGUACAUGUACUGGGUCCCGGACCGGGACUCCCGGUCCAGGAGUCCUGGCUUUUCGUGACCGUCCUGCCAGGACGCAUGUGGGGGAUCGCGCAACAUCAAGUGACGGAGCGCCAGGCGGUGCUCACUGCUGGAGCACUCAGUGGUCUCUAUCUGGGCUACAAGCUGCUGGUUGCAGUAUACAAGGAGAUGAAGAUCACGCGCGCGCUGGACUCGCAGGGACUACACCGCCCCAAGUCGACGCUGCCGAUUCUGGGCAACACACUUGACGUCAUGUUUUUUCAGAAGGACCGACUGCAAGACUGGAUGGCUGAGCAGAGUCAGAUCAGCGAAGGCAAACCGUGGGUGCUCAGUAUCAUUGGCCGUCCACAGACGCUCAUCAUCACGUCGCCCGAAGCGUGUGAGGAUGUCUUCAAGGCGCAGUUUGACAACUUUGGUCGUGGCGACGAACUCGUUGACUUGCAGCACGAUAUCUUCGGCGAAGGUGUCGCCGGUGUAGACGGCGAGAAGUGGCUUAAGCAGAGGCGAAUCGCCAGUCACAUGUUCUCGAUGAAAAUGUUGCGCGACGUGAUGGACGAAGUGAUCAUGGAGAAAUCCAUAAAACUUCGCGAUAUCCUCGCUCAGUGUGCGAAGGAAGGCCGCGUCGCUCCCAUGAAGUCGCUGCUGGGCAAGUUUUCCAGCGACGUGUUCACCAAAAUUGGCUUCGGCGUGGAUCUUCAUGGUCUGGACGGUGACAUCAACUCGGAAAUGGACCACCCUUUCAUUGAGGCUGUCGACGGCUACGCUGAGGUUUUCGGUGCACGUCUGCAGUCGCCAAUGUGGUACUGGAAGCUCAAGCGAUUCCUCAACAUCGGCGAUGAACGCAUGCUUAAGCGGUGUAUCAAGGUCGCUACGGAUCUACUGAAUGAAGUUAUGCUCAAGUCUAUGGCGGAAAAGACCGCGGAGGACUGGAACACUAAGACAGACCUGCUGACUCUCUUCGUGGACACUACCGGUAAGACGGACUCUUCUGAUCUACGCGAUGCAAUGAUGAACUUUUUCCUGGCUGGAAAGGAGACUACAAGCUUCAGUAUGGCCUGGGUUAUUGUUAACCUGAACCGUCAUCCGCGCGUGCUGGCUAAGCUUCGUCAGCAGAUUCGUGAGAACCUGCCAGAACUUUUGACAGGCGAGCUGCAGGUCCCUACGAUGGAGGAUCUGCAAAAGGUCCCGUACAUUGAGGCUGUUCUCAAGGAGAGUUUGCGUCUGUACAUGACGGGCGUCCAUCGCACACCCAUGCGGUCAACUACACUUCGUGAAGGCACGUACAUACCGUUCGGCUCGUACGUAGUCAUGUCGGUGUACGCCGCAGCGCGUGUGAAGAACGUGUGGGGUGAGGAUGCGGCCGAGUACAACCCAGACCGCUGGAUCGGCGAGGAGACUGGCAAGAUGAAGUCUGUGAACCCGUUCCAAUUCAUCACGUUCGGUGGUGGCCCGCACCAGUGUGUCGGCAUGCGGUUCGCCUUGUUGGAGAUGCAGACAGUCAUCGCUGUACUGUUCAGCCGAUUCGACAUCAAGACGGUCGAGGAUCCGUUCAGGAUCACGUACGACUACAGCGUGACGCUGCCCGUCAAGGGACCGCUCGAGUGCACCAUCCACGAAGCGAGCGCACCCGCAUUCUAA